AUGGAAGACCCUUCUAUUCUGUUUGAGCAGGCGAUCGCACUACUUCAAAUUGGGCAGCCAGACGAAGCACUGUUACUCGUCGAACGCGGCCUAGAGAUUGCCCCUCCAGCUUCUCCGAACAAUUUAAUUGGCUUAAACCUGGUUGGAGAGGUCUAUGUCGAGCUGGGAGAUAUUGACGCUGCUAGGAAACACUUUUUGGAGGCUGUUGAACUUGACCCAGAAGGAACGAAACCAGAAUACCAGGGAGGAGGGGCCGAGAAGUUUUUGUGGUUGGCGCAAUUGAGUGAAGAAGGGGGAAAAGAUAGUGUUCAUUGGUUUGAACGGGGCGUUAGUGUGCUAAGGCAUAAUAUUCAGACCCUAGAGGAGAACGGGAAAUCGGCAAGCUCCGAGAACCUGGAAGAGCAAAAGAGAAAACUAGCAAAUGCCUUGUGUGGCGUCAUUGAAAUCUACAUGACCGAUUUAUCGUGGGAGGAUGAUGCCGAGAGCAGGUGUGAGACAUUGAUUACAGAAGCACUACUAAUGGCCCCAGAGUCGGCAGAAUGUCUCCAAACUCUUGCAUCUAUCCGGAUAUCACAGCUCCGACAUGAGGAUGCGAAGGCGGCGUUAUCACGGAGUAUAGCUAUUUGGAAAGAUUUGCCUUCAGAGAGUCCAUUUGUUCCGGAUUUCCCCGUGAGGGUAAGCCUCUCAAGACUCUUGAUGGAGGCUGAGAUGGAGGUCGAAGCCUUGGAGGUACUGGAGCGAAUGAUCCUUGAAGAUGACCAAAGUGUGGAAACCUGGUAUCUUGGUGGAUGGUGCCAGUAUUUGUUGGCUCAGAAAAUCUCAUCUGAUACGGUAGACGAAGCCAAUCAUGAGCAACAACGGGCUUUGAUGUUGGGAAGCCGAAGCUGGUUACGGCAGAGCCUGGAGCUAUAUGACGCGAUCCAGUAUGAGGAUGACCGGCUAAAAAAGCACGGAAUGGAGCUCGUCCAAGAGCUGGAACACAUCCUAGGCGUGCUCACCGAGGAGAGCGGCGAUGAAGGGGAUGGAUGGGAGGAUGACAUUGACGCGGCCUCAGAGUCUGCUUCCGACCAUGAAAUGAGAGACUACUAA